AACGCGGCUUAAUACUCGUUGAUGGCAGUUGCAUGCGUUGCAUGGGUGUAAACGGACGGACGUACAGUCGGACAGACAGCUGCAGUGUCAUCAUCUUGCUCUGUGCGUCUUAUUGUACGGAACGAGCUUGAAGUGUCGGAAGUUCGAAAAGGAGCAAGUUGCUACUAUGCCUCAGCGAAAACUAACCAAAGUCACGUUACUAUUAAUGUUGCCUGUUUGGCCAAGAGAAUUCGCGAUGUAGCCUCUUAUACAGUCGAUCUCAUCGCGUUCGCGUUUAUUCCUCAUCCGAUGUACCGAGAAGUAUCGGGAGCAUUUCGUGCAACAUUUUCAAAGCCAAGUCGCAUGAAAUCUCCUGUUGUUGUUCUCGUAAAAACAUUUGUCUAUUGUCGUGUCACCCUUUGUCGUUAUUCUCGACCUUUUCAUCUACGUUCAUAUCUCCGUUGUCAUCAUUCUCAAGUGCCUUCUCUUUCCCUCUUUCACACUUUUAACUCACUAUUUUCUGAUUUCAACCACGCGAAAAGCCAGUGUAUGCAUCGAGUGACGUACUAAUAUAUUUGUUAUUUCGAUAUGAGGUGGAUGACUCAUUCCAAAAUGCAUCGCAUUUAUUAGACAUCUUCAAAAUAAAUGGAUCUUUUUGCCAAUUAAAAGGCAAAGUGUUCUUAUUUGAUAUAUAGAAUAAAAGAAAAAGAUGUCCCAAUUAAGUAUUAGUACUGGGAAGAGAGGGAGGAGUGUUGCAAGCUCCUCCGCAUCUACUGUAUCAUCUCUAAGCAGCUCAACUGACCUAGCAAGCCUAUUUGAAUGUCCAGUUUGCUUUGAUUAUGUUCUUCCACCAAUCUUACAAUGCCAGAGUGGACAUCUUGUUUGUAGUAAUUGCAGACCAAAACUUAACUGCUGUCCUACCUGUAGAGGUCCAUUAGGUAAUAUCCGCAAUCUGGCAAUGGAAAAAGUGGCAGGUAACGUGAUGUUUCCCUGCAAAUAUUCAACAAGUGGAUGCACAGUGUCGCUAGUGCAUACUGAAAAGGCAGAUCACGAAGAUGCAUGUGAAUUCCGUCCAUACAGUUGUCCUUGUCCAGGAGCUUCUUGUAAAUGGCAAGGAUCUCUCGAGCAAGUAAUGCCACAUCUUGUUAUGAGUCACAAAAGCAUUACAACUCUUCAAGGGGAAGACAUUGUUUUUUUAGCAACAGAUAUUAAUCUUCCUGGUGCAGUGGAUUGGGUAAUGAUGCAGUCUUGCUUUGGUCAUCAUUUUAUGUUAGUGCUUGAAAAACAAGAAAAGUAUGAUGGACAUCAACAAUUUUUUGCAAUUGUUCAAUUGAUUGGUUCAAGAAAACAAGCAGAAAAUUUUGCUUACAGACUAGAAUUGAAUGGGCAUAAAAGGCGCCUAACAUGGGAAGCUAUGCCGCGUUCUAUUCACGAAGGUGUUUCAUCUGCAAUUUUAAAUUCAGACUGCCUUGUAUUUGACACCUCCAUCGCGCAAUUAUUUGCCGAUAAUGGAAAUCUAGGAAUUAAUGUUACAAUUUCUAUGGCAUGAGGAAAGCUGGAAAAAGCAGUGUAAAAUAUUUUAAAUGUAUCAAGCAGUCUUUUGAUUGUAAUUCAGUCUUUGCACUGAGGAUUGCCCGUUAUGUACAUAUAGCAUUUUUUUACGUUACCACAGAUAAAUAUUAGCAAUAUGGAUGUUAGGAUAUGUUUGGAAUGUGUUGAUAAAGCACAGCAAUCAAACGCUCAGUUACAGGACCUCUCUUUAGAAGCUUUAAAGUGUACUUGUAUGUGAUAUUAACAUUACACAUGGAAACAAUAAACAAUCAUUCAGUAUACUUAUGCUGACUUUAAAGCUUUAGCACUGAGUAUAACAUCAAUUCCAAAAUGUACCUGACACCUAUUGCACACUGUUAUCAUGUUCUUUUAGUCACUUCUUACUGAGCCAAUUUAAAAAAAAAAAACAAUUUCUUUAAUUUUGAUGCUUACCAAUUUAAUUCUUUAUAGAAAUAACGUUAUAUUCUAUAAAAAAAAGUAGUUUUCGUCGAUAGAUCAAUAAUGAUCUGUUGAUAUACAGCAUGGCAUUAUAAGUAAAAAUUGAUGGUACAUACCUGAAGAAAUCCUCUAUACGUAAUUUUUUACUAUGUAGUAAUAUGUACUAAGCUGCAUCAGUCAUUAUUUAUUUUCAUUUAGAAAUUUUGCGUGAUCGCAUAUUUAUUGUAACCUCAUCUUUGUCUAUAAUUAUAGUUAAAAAAUAAGUUCAUUUUAAUAAAUUUACUUUCUUUUUAAUUAA